CGAAGAGGCCGGGCUUUGCGGUGCUGCGUCGUGCCACACCGCGCCACACGAGACUGGAUAGAGCCACAGUAAAUUGGGGAUGAUAAAGAAAGAAGGUGGACCAUCUUCCUCCUCUGUCGGCUGACUAUAUGAACCCGCACAGCAUCAGCAACUCCUGACAAAGCAAAGGCAGACGGAGACAUGAGGGUGACGGGAAGUGCUGCUGCUGCUGCUGCUGCUGGAGCUUCUUGCGGUCUGCGUCAAACCUCUCGGUCCCUUAGAAGAUGAUGCUCACUGUGCCUUUUAAAGGACUUUUCUGGUUCAUUGUGUGUUUGUGAACCCCCCACGUUAAAGGUACUCUAUGUUAGUAAUUCGGGUUACACGUACAGCACGGAUAGUGAUGGUCAGCCCAUCUCCAGUUGCUCAAUCACUCUCUGCAUCUGCAUUAUUAUAAAGAGAAACUCACCCUAAGGGAGUGAGAUUUUGAAGGAAUAUGCAGAGAUAAAGAAACCGCUGGGGUUGCUGUUUUUUUAAACUAGACAAAGCCAUAUCUGGAUGAACGAGUUUUGUUGUUUACCAACAUGAGCUCGCUGUUUUUCUGCGAUACUCCACCCGGUCCGGUCUGCGGCGUCUCCACCGGGUCGGGCGCGGUGACCAGCGCCCUGCGAAACGACCUGGGCUCCAACAUCCACGUGCUGAAAACCCUGAACCUGCGUUUCCGCUGCUUCCUUGCCAAAGUACAUGAGUUGGAGAGGAGAAACAAACUGCUGGAAAGCCAGCUGCAGCAAGCUCUGCAAAGACCGCAAUAUCGCCACCUUUACACUCGUGAAGUCGCCGUGCAGACGGACGGUCUCGAGUCGAGACUGCCGGGCACCAUCUGGAGUUUCACCCACGUCCGGAGGCAAGGGGAGCGCUUUGAGACCCUGCAAGGGCCCGGGGUGACAUGGACACAUCCGGAUGGUGUUGGUGUCCAAAUAGACACCAUUACCCCAGAACUGAGGGCUCUGUAUAACGUGCUGGCCAAAGUCAAGCGUGAGAGGGACGAGUACAGGAAAAAAUGGGAGGAGGAGCUGUCCAAACGACAGCAACUGGAGUCCACGGUGGAAUCCCUGCAGCAGAGCGUCCAGGAGUCAGCAGAGAUCCAGGAUGAUCUGAAUGAGAAGGUGGACCGACUGAAGGCUGAAGUUGUGGUCUUCAAGAGUCUGAUGAGCGACCAAAUGUCUGACCUGGACACCAAGAUUCAGGAGAAAGCCAGGAGGGUGGACAUGGACAUCUGCAGGCGGAUUGACAUCACAGCCAAGCUGUGCGAUGUGGCUCAGCAACGCAACUCAGAGGACAUGUCGAAAAUGUUCAAUGUCAGUCCUGCCAGAUCACUCCCUGAGAAGGGUGCCAUGGCCUGCUGCAAGAGAAAAGAGCGUAAAGCCGUGUCUGAUGAGGAGAAUUCAGAGAUGGAUGCCGAGCCAAGCACUUCAGAGGAGGAGGUCCCCGGAUCGCUCAACAUCACGGACGAAAUGAAACGCAUGCUUAAUCAACUACAUUGUUCAGAUAACUCCUUUGUUGCCAGGCGUGAGACAUUUGAAAUCGACGACGACUGUGACAGUCUGACGUGGGAGGAAAACGAAGAGACUCUGUUGCUGUGGGAGGACUUCGCAAACUAUAACAUGCCAUACGCCAUUGCUGCGCCAACCUGCACAGCCACCGGCCCCUGUGAGGGCAGCAAUGAAGCUGCAGAUCCAGACUCCCAGGAUGGAAGUCUUGGCAGCCUCAUUGAUGAAACAGAGUCACUAUUUAAGACCAGAGAGCAGGAGUACCAGGAGACCAUCGGCCAGAUUGAGAUGGAACUUGCCACAGCAAAGAGUGACAUGAACCGACAUCUACAUGAGUACAUGGAGAUGUGCAGCAUGAAGAGAGGCCUUGAUGUGCAGAUGGAGACCUGUCGGCGGAUGAUUAAAGGCGGCAGGAACUCUCCCUCUUUCAGCUCUGUGGCCAGCAGCGACUCAGGGAACACAGACGAAAUCCAGGAUGAGAUUUCAGACAAGGACGCAGAAGCUGAAGUUCCCGUUAGUUGAUGACUGCAUUGCCGGGCUUUGUCCCAUCUCCCCCCUUGUGCCCGUGGUUAUCACAGGAUUUAAAGGCCCGCUAGAGAGGUGGACCAUUCUAAAUCUGGGUCUGUCUGACAUAUUAAUUAAAGUUCUGCUGGUUGUGCUCACUGGUGCAGGCCCAGAACUGGUGCUUUUAUACUAUUUCCGCUGUUUAGAAAGUGGUGGUGGAGGAAAUUCUUUGCUUUGCAAAGAGAAAAAGAGUGCAUAUUUAAACUAUGCUGUGCUCUCUUCCUCACCGCUGCCUCGUUGAAUCCUUGUCCAGAGCUUCAAAUGAUUUUUGGGAGAAAUAAAAUAAAUAUUUUAAGUGGGCUGAGAAGUUUUUCUACCCUAUUAAGAUCCUUUUUUUCUAAAGGAAUUAAAAACAGUACAUAUUGUGCUCCUUGUUUAGUCAACAACAGAUACAUUAUUCACCAAAAAUAUAUCUUUUUUUUUUUUUUUUUUUAACAUUUUUUAAAAUUUAUUUUAGAUUCCAAAAAGUUGGUUCUCCUUAAUUUGAAUACUUUAUUAUAUUAUUUGAGUCCAGCUGGGGUAUUUGCAAUCCAAAUUAAACCAUUAGGGAUUUUAAGUGUCUUCUGCUGGAGAGAGAAAAAGAAGUGGAGACAAAUGGUGUUGGGGUUCUGGUGGUUUCUGAGGGAACUCUGCAGGGUUUGCCAAAGCUGACAGAGGAAAGGAGCACAGCCUUUCGAUGCAUCAGUGCACUACUGAAGUUCUAUGCAAUUUAGCUGGCCUUAGUUUUCGGACUGGCUGUCACCCUUCCUUGUUUUUGUUUUUUUUUUAAGACCACUGGCCUUUUAAACAAAGCAGGUGUUUUCUAUAUAUCAGUUUAAAAACUUUUGUUUGUGUAUGAAACACUCUUAAUAUGAACAUCAACAGUAAAACAAACUGGAAAAGUGUCCCCUAACACCUUCAUUUAUGGCAAUAAUCAUAAACACACUCGAUAUUACACUGCUCAAGCUGGCAUUGCACUAAUUCAGAUUUAUUGUAUUUCACAAAAGUUGUUGCCAUCUGCAUUAAGACACAUCGUUUAAAAUUGGAUAAUAUCCAGUAGUUAUAUUAAAAGUAACAGAGUAAAAUGACUCAUCGGUGUAAUCAAAGCCAAAACAAGUAAAAACCAAAGGUCACAUCAUUUAAAGGUUUGCUUUCACAUGCAUCUUAUUCAUAUACAUUCAUUUUAUUCAUGUGCUUUCUAGGAAGAAAUUUUUGUUAUGGUAUGCAUGAUUUCAGUUAUACUUCUGAUUGUAGCUGUUGUCCUGCUGUCCCCCCUGUCGACUCCGCUCCAGACAGGUUGCACAUCCUGCUUAGGCUCUCCUGAACUGGGGCUAGAAGCAUCUGACUUUUUAUAGAGGGCUGUAGGCAUGUGAUCAUAAACCCCAGAGGCCUUUUUGUUUGUUUGUGUGUUUAUAAUUGUCUUUCUGCGACAGAUUGAGAUGUCUCACGCGCACAAACUGAUUGAGGCAUGGGGACAGAAGUGAUCUUUUUAUCACCUCUUUGUAUCAUAGUGUAUGUACGGUUUGCUGGAUCAAAGAUCAAGUGCUACUUCUAUGUGGAAGUUUUACAAAAGCAGAAUGUUAAAAUAUUGGCCUUUUGUUGUUUUAGCAUGCGUGUGGGGGGUAAAAGGAGCUAUAUGUCAUUUUUUUUUUUAAAUAACAUAUUUUGAAUAAAAAGCUGCAAUGCAGACAGUAUGCUAUGUUUUUAAUCAAAGUAUCUGUUCCAACACAUAAUUGUAUGAAAUAAAAUGUAUUUUUCACAGUUUUUAAUCAUUCUGGGUUAACCACAAAAGGUGUCAACUGUGUUAUAUUCUGCUGUUUUUAAACUUGUUCCAGAUGUUUUUGGUCAACAGGACACCCAUGCUUAAAACUAAUUGAGCAUAUCAGACAGGCGUGAGGCAUAGCCUUACUCACAGAGAAAACAUCGUACUUUUAUUGCUGAGUCAAUAUAAAACCAGCCUGAUAGCAUAAAAGAGCCAUUGUGUUACUGGGACUGUAUACUUUGUAGCGACAGCAUCAAGCAUUAUUUAUUGACUGUAUGGCAGUGACAUGCAGGAACAGCCAAGUCCAAAAUAACAAACUACGCUGUGUUUCACCAUCACACUAACCAGCCAACCAAAGCAAACGUGUACAGUAACAAAGAUAUAUCAAGCUCUGAAUCCCACUAACUCGGGAAAGUUGCGCAGCCUCAGUGUUUGCACCACAGAUCAGUGUCAUUUUGCAGAGUUUUCCAUGGUAUUGCUUUUCAUAAUCAGCAGUUCUUGCACACAAGUCAUUAUCUUCACUCCCAUCACUUGAAGCAGGUUGUAGUUAUAUCAGUUGAAAAUCCUGUAGCAACUCUCUUUGUUGAAUGUAGCUUGAGCAAAAAAAACAUGUAGCUGUUAAAAACCCAGGGAUACAUGGUGUGCUGUUGCUUAUUGGAGACCUUGUUGUGUUUUGGUGUACUAAACAGGUUUUAAACCUGACCGACUCACAGUGUGUGACCUAGAUGUAUGUAAAUUAGGUCCUGGUGGAUGUGAAUGUUUCAUACUAAUAAAGGAGUUUUAUAUGAACGGUUUUUAUCAGCAGGAUUAUACGGUUGUGUUAAUUGUCCUGUCAACAUGCAGGUUUACAUUUUCAUUGGCAUGCCUGUGUUUGCUGUUAACAUCAUUAUUAACCCCAAAGACAUGGCAGAGAGAUGGAAAGGAGCAGCCAUACUAAAAUCUGCUGAGCUGUACUGGAUACUGGUAUUUUAUUAGCUUCAAAGGUUGCAUCCUGUUGAUUUCAUUUUGAGUGGCUGAUUUAUUUCGAUUUAUUUAAUCUCUUGGAUUUGUUCAUUUCUUGAAUUUUUAUUAUUAUUUUGCUUAAACUAUUGAUACAAUGUAUUCAUGUGGGUGUAGGUCUGAUUCAGUUUCAAAAUUAUGAAUGUACUCAAUGGGGUAAAAUGGAAUAAAUGGUGUA